AUGGCGAGAGGAUAUUCAUUACAAGAUUUAAAAUUGUUAGUAAAUAAUCCAAAGUAUAGUGAUAUAGAAAUAUUAUGUAAGGAUGAAAAAAAAUUAUAUGGUUGUAGAGCAAUUUUAGCGGCAAGAUCUGAAGUACUUGAAGGACUACUUUAUAAUGGGAUGAAAGAGAGUUUUGAAGGAAAAAUCUCUUUUCCUGCGAUCGAUUCUUCUGGAAUGAAAAUUUUAUUAGAAUAUAUUUAUGUUGGAUCACUUAGAGAAGAUUCUUUGACUAAAGAAAAUAUAGUUGAAGCUUAUUAUGCCGCAGAUUAUUUUCAAAUACAAAGUCUUCAAGAAUUAAUUAUAAAAACCCUUAAAAAUACGCUAGCAAGAAAUUACGCAAAAAAUUAUUCGCCAGAAUUAUUAUCUAAGGUUGCAGAAAUCAUGCCAUUAACAGAAGAUAAUAUUCUUCUUAAUUUAUUGGUUGAAGCAGUGGCAAUUAUGCCAUUAAAUAAUAUUGAAUUUGAUCGAUUGUCUAUUGCAG